UGAAUCUAUAACUGCCUUCUUGUGAAAGCUGUUUUAGAGAACAACAAUAAAAAAACUUGGCAAAAUGCACCUCGAGAGCGGGCCCGACCCCGCGCCGUUCUAUUCACCCUACGGCAAUCAAAGCUGUGAACUCGCGGUGGUCGAAAUGUCGGAAAAUUUGAGGUACUUUUCAAGACAGCCGUCUCCCGACACUACUUACAGCUCACUCUGCAAUAAUUAUCUUCGAGACAACGCCUCUCCCUCACAGUUCAAUGCAAAUACCAAUCUUGCCUUCAACCAAACUUAUUGCACGGACCAAUCUGAACACGACAAGCAGAUGGUAGGCGAGUGUUUCACGACUGCCAUUCAUUCGAUGCCUCUCACCCCUCCAUCCAUUAAUGUGGAAGAGGCCGAAGGUUGCAUUCGGGACACCUCGCUGAUGACCUCAAGCAACGCCAUCGCCGAGGCCCUUGGAGGCCUCAAUGAGGACUUCAACCUCAUCGAAGAUGAGUGGUCGAGUUCACUGGACUCUCUGCUGACGGAGAUACCGCCAACAACUCAACUGCCGGAGCUCGUUGUCGGCGACCAGAAUGAGAAAGUAAACGCAAUUGCGGAGACACUAUCGCAUUCGGGUGAAGUUUUGGACAGCAUUCCACUCAAUCAACUUUUGAACUUGCCAAAUCCCGGUACAUUCGAAGCAGUCGUUGCUACUUCAGAGACGACAACUCAAUGUUCUCCCAUGAGCAUUUCUCCUUUUGGAUCCUCCUUCCCAUCGCCUCAAACUUCUCUCAGAAGUUCAUUUAAUUACGGACGCCGGUUGAAGAGAUCACAUUCCGCCUCACCUCUUCAUCCCGAAGGUCUCGAUGUGAAUUCCAUAAUCAGGGUCUCCCCCAACUGCUUGCAAUCAAGACCACAGUGCUCAGGGAACAAUUUUUAUGAAAAUAAUUUUAUUUCAUCAACAAACGGAAGUUACGGACACCUGUUAACACGCCCGGAAACGAACAAUAAUAAUGUCCAACGAUCCAAUUUGAAUUUUACCAAUUUGCUCUCAGAUUUCAAUUCAAGAGCAAUUCGUCACACCAGGUCAUCUGACUUUAUGAACGCAACGAACCCUUUGGAAUCGUCACCCUUUUUGCUCGAUAGCUCGAAAAAAGAUAGCUCGGUUGAUCAAUUUCUUUAUCUCGAGAGGACUUCAGGCAAUGUAGAGCAAACAUUCACUCCAACCACUCAAUAUGAACCACCAUCGAUAUCACAGACCUCAUUCCCUCAAGACCGCUCCUUCCUUUACUCCACAUCAAGUCAGUCGCCAAAACUGGACGAAUUUACCGUCAGUUCCUCAUCUUCGCGACCUCCCCUCAGUCCUCCGCACUCGAGGGGCUGUGCAGCAGAGGAGCCAUCAACACCCGACGACGACUUCACCGAAGAUGAGCCCCGCGUGUGUCGCUGGGUUGACUGCAACGCUUCGUUCAGUGACCGGGCGGCGUUGUCGCGGCACAUCGAGAGGGCGCACGUAGACCAGAGGAAGGGCGACGACUACACUUGCUUCUGGGCGGCGUGUCAGCGGAAAUACCGAGCGUUCAAUGCCCGCUACAAGCUGCUCAUACACAUGAGGGUUCAUUCCGGGGAGAAGCCAAACAAAUGCACGUUCAGCGGAUGCGACAAGGCCUUUUCUCGACUGGAGAACCUCAAGAUUCACCAACGGAGCCACACAGGCGAGCGGCCGUACGUGUGCGUGCACCAACACUGCAGCAAGGCCUUCAGCAACUCUUCGGACCGCGCCAAGCACCAACGCACGCACCUCGACGCAAAGCCGUACGUCUGCCACGUGCCAGGCUGCCACAAGCGCUACACCGACCCCUCCAGCUUACGCAAGCAUGUGAAGAACCACAGCGCCAGAGACCAGCUCAUCGCUAAGAGUCGGUCAUGCGACAACUACAGCAGCGUCCGACGACCUUCCCUCGCACCCUCGCCCUCCCUGCUGACGGGGGGCGACAAGCCCGGCUGUCCUAACGCCCCUGGUGCUGCCUCCACUCCCCAGGCCGAAGGUCAGGGGAGGAGACUCCCCGCCUCCCUGCGCCGGGGGGGACGUUGUGCGUUUCAGCCUGCGCUGCCACGUGCUGUCGCGACGCCCGCGGGACAUCCACGAGACAACUGGACUCCCGCAGCUCGAACUGGCAUCCCAAGAGGACCUGGAUCUCUGGAUCAGCUGAGGCGCUGGUGUCAGGAAGGUCUGGAUCAGCUGAGGCGUUGGUGCCAGGAAGGUCUGGAUCAGCUGAGGCGCUGGUGCCAGGAAGGUCUGGAUCAGCUGAGGCGUUGGUGCCAGGAAGAUCUGGAUCAGCUGAGGCGUUGUUGCCAGGAAGGUCUGGAUCAGCUGAGGCGUUGGUGCCAGGAACGUCUGGAUCAGCUGAGGCGCUGGUGCCAGGAAGGUCUGGAUCAGCUGAGGCGCUGGUGCCAGGAAGGUCUGGAUCAGCUGAGGCGCUGGUGCCGGGAAGGUCUGGAUCAGCUGAGGCGCUGGUUCAGUGUAUUUGAUCUCAGUCGACGGUAUUUCAUUAGAUCAGUUAAGCCUUUAAAGACAGCAACAGGCAGUAAUUGUAUCAAUAACACGGAUAUCAAGAGGAAGUUGAGUGCUGGUUUCAACCAGAUAAUAUAUGAGGUUUGCAAAUGCUUUUGUACAUAGAGCACCAAGUUAAACAAUACAAAUUUAUUACAAUACUCAGUAAUGUAUUUGCCGGAACGCUACUCGACCACACUCUGCAUUGCAGGAUAAGUAUAAGUCGUAGUCGUCAUUGGAUAAGUCGUAGAUUUAAAUUUCAUCAACAGAGCUUAGCUUGGAGCAAAAGUGCAAACAUUGCGAAUUGCGCUGUACAAGAUGUUCAAUGAUGAUAGGUCUUUGCGAUCACAAUUUAAGCCUUAAACUCAACACAAAAGUAAUCUUAAGUUAUUGUGAUACCUGAAGUGGUACAAUGGGCUUUCACUGGUGUGAGCGAGUAUUAAUACAUUCGUCGUCACUC